GUCGAAAGUUUUUCCACCAAUUUCCGUCGGAGCUCCGCCUACAACCAAUAGCCAAUCAGCAGGAUGUAGGAAGCCUCAUUCCACUGGUAAGCGAGACAAUUAGCGUCGUGGGGCGUGGCCUAGGAUGGCUCGGCUGGCCAAUCUCGUGUUGCGGCUCAGAGUGGCGAGAGCCGAAGAAGGAAAUGCUGAGUGUGGCCUGUUGCCGGCUUUUGGUACCAAGAGCUUUGCUGGGAUAUUCAGCGGGGAGGCGACUGUAUAGUGAAAAGUGUACGAAGGAGCGCAUCCAGGAUGGACCCAAGACCACAAAGGUUCCAAAGAUCUAUACAAAAACAGGAGACAAAGGUUUCUCCAGUACAUACACCAGAGAAAGGAGGCCCAAAGAUGAUCUGCUGUUUGAAGCACUGGGAGAUACAGAUGAACUGAACUCUGCUAUUGGGCUUGCAAGAGAAUUUAGUCUAGAUGCCAAUCACAUAUUUGUGCCUGAACUUGAAAAGAUACAGUGUAUGCUUCAGGAUGUUGGAUCAAACAUUGCAACUCCACUGUCUUCUGCUAGAGAAAGCCACAAAGUAAGAACAUCAUUCAGUGCAGAACCUGUUCAGGAGCUUGAGCAAUGGAUCGAUAAAUACACCUCUCAACUUCCUCCACUGACUAACUUCAUUUUGCCUUCUGGAGGUAAAACCAGUGCCGCCCUUCAUGUUGCCCGAGCAGUGUGUCGCAGAGCAGAAAGGAAAGUAUUUAAAGUCAUUCAGGCUGGAGAGGCAGAUCAAAAUGUUGGAAAAUACUUAAACAGGCUGAGCGAUUGUCUAUUCACAUUAGCGAGGUAUGCCGCACAAGCAGAAGGCAGGAAAGAGACAGUCUAUACAAGAACACCCUGAAGCUUCCAUACAUGUGUAACAUCCCGAAUGUGCAAAUUGCAUUGUAUUUCAAGUUUCCUUGUGGUAGCUGAAAGGCCGGCUGAGUCAGCCAUAUGGACAGUUUGACGUUGCUAAUGGUUUGGGCUCCUACAGUACAUUCAAGGCCUGCUUUAGGUAUUUUCAGGCAUUCUCUGAAUACCUUCUACAUCCACUGCUGUGAAACUGUGAUAGCUGCCAAAGCAGGAAUACUACUAUCAUCUUGGUUAAGUGAACUCAUCACACAAAAAGAAACCUUCAAGUUAACCUGUACAGGUUUGUGUCAGACUGUGAGGAAGAAAUAAAGCAUGAUUUAGUACAGGAGAUGAAUUCACUUUAAUGGAAACCUAAAACAAUGAAGACAUGAUGUUGGCAAGGUGACCGUAGAAGUGUAAAUGCUUGAUAUUGGUAAAUUGGGCAGAUUUAUUACAGCAUGGUAUAUUUUACUGGGCCUUAAUCAAUAAACACUGCAUGAUUAAAAAAAAAAAA